GGUUCACAUUUUGGCCAAAUAAAAAAAAAGACCUCCAUUCCUCGCUCUGACAUUCUUGCAAAUAAACGGCUCCUUUCUGUGCUCUCACCACUACAUUCUAGAAGCACACGUGUAACUGUUUCAGGCUGUCCACAUUGACAUUGCCCUGUGCCAUGUUUUCUUGUUGCAAACAGAUACUGAUUUAACCCACAGUGUCCGGGGCAGUGUCUGUGCGUCGCUGACCCCCCCUCCCCCCUCCCCCACGCCGGAGCUCCGCUGUCAGUAGUCGCCGGGGCUCCCAAGCCCUGACAAAAAGCCUUUACAAUGAAGAUCUGGGCGUCAGAGCACAUUUUCAAGUAAGUUGUUUAGGUCCCGGAGAGAAGUCUCGAACAAAUAAACCCGUUAAGUCAGAGCUUAUCUUUCGUAUUGUGAGUUUUUAUGGGCUUUCCACACUGUCUGAAACUGUGCUGCUAGCCGUCAUAGCAGCAGUGGUGAGGCUGUGCUACAGUUAGGUAACUUUACCAAAGAGACUAACGCUAAAUUACCCAACUUUGGGUCUCUUGUGCUGUUUGAAGUAAAUGUAACCCCUGCCGUCAUUGCGUUUAAAUUUUAAAGAUAUACAGAUACAUUUCGGGAUCUUUAUGUUCUCAAAACAAGUUAUCCAGGCGAAGCCAGCUGGGGUUGGCUCUUCGCUGAGAAGCGUUGGUUAGCCAAUGAGCCAAAGUUAGCUAUCGGAUCCUGAAACGUUCAUAGCUUUAUGUUAACGCUUGAAUUUAUUUACUCAUUGCGCCAUUUUAGUGCAUAUAUAAACACAAUGUAUUUUAUAACAUUGUGUCUGCCCGUCGGAAACGAACAUCCCACGAAAACAGCGAACCGUGUGUUUUCAGUUCAGCAUGCAGGCUGGACACUGCUCCGACCAUAGACAACACACAUUUAGUCCUUUGCCAGAAGUUUCCAGAUAAAUCCGUGAUGGACGAGGAUGGGGGGCGAUCCUCAUUUCAUUCUCCUCCAUUUUGUAACUGAUGUAUUCGUUAAUUUCCAGUUCAUCUAAGAAGCCAUUAAAAUAUCUGUAUAAAUGUUAAGUUAUUAACUUGUCUUUUAAAUAUUAUAUUUUUUCUUAAUUAACUAUAUAAAGACCUCCUUUUGUUUCAGAUGACUGUGCACACUUUUUAAAAAUGCAUUUGCACAACCAUUACAUUUAAGAUAAAAACAAAUGCUAGUUUGUGAUGCAACUAUUUAAUACAGUAUAUUGUUGACUUUGUUAAAUUUCUCUGUCAUUUUGUGUCAACUUACAAAAGACAAAGGUGAAGUGUGUGUGUUCUUUUCAUUUUCUUAGCUGUUGCUGUUAUCCAGCAGUGAAAAUGACAGAAAUUAAUGUGUUCAUCUCUUAAUAUUUAAUUUUGUCACAUAACACAUCAAUGCAUUGGAAUGUUAUUUUUGUAUUUUAUGUAUACUAGCAGCAUCACAUUUGCUAAAAUUAAAUUGUUUGCAGCUUAAUGUGGACAACUUGAAUCUGGCAUCAACUGCUGUGCUCAUAAAUGACUUGUGUGGAUUAGCUUUUUCCUAACAUUAGUACAUAUAUCCUUUUAACAGCCAUCCGUGGGAGACGGUGAUCAAUGCAGCAAUGCAGAAAUAUCCCAACCCAAUGAACCCCAGCGUGUUUGGUGUAGAUGUUCUGGACAGAAGUGUGGACACACAGGGCCGGUUACACAGCACCAGACUACUCAGCACAGAGUGGGGGCUCCCUGCUAUGGCAAAGUCUGUAAGUCAUAUGAUGGAGGAGGCACUUAAGGCAGGGGUGGAGGGGCUUUAAAUUUUACUGUAUUAUGGACAUAUUUUAGAAUAGCUGUGAAGUGGGAGGGGUCAAGGUAUUGGCAGGAGCCACAAAAACUGUCAAAGUAGCUAGUGUCCAGCAGCCUUUGCUGGAAGUAACAGGAGCUCAGUGUCAUAAGACAUCAAAAGGCCAUAUUACUGCUUUUUUUAAAAUAAGUUAUUUUGUAAACUGAUUCAUUUUGAUGGUGAUCAUGACCAUAGACUGUAUAUAGAAUGGGCAGCAUAUGACUCCUCGCUGGGUGAAGCCACCCAAGAACUGCACACUCUGGUGAUGGGCUGCAACUGCCACAACCAGCCAUCCCUAUGGAGCUGUGGACAAACUUUAGAAAUUUAUUACACAGAAUAUACAUUUUUCUCCCCCCUGCUUACGAUGUUGACAUGACUGUAAGACUGGUUUGUGCUCAAGUCCUUUUUUCUGUGCAGCUCCGUUUUUAAAAGUUAUUAAGGAGUUCAUGUUUUCUAUAAUUGACCCUUGCCUGUACAGCCUAUGGGCGUACGGAGAUUGAGUAGCUCACUGGAAGGAUACACUGUUUGGGCCGAGCGUCAUCACAGCAAAUCAGUGCCGAAUGCGUACAGUACUACUGUAUUGUACGCAUGGUGGAGUGUGUACAACGUUUCUGCGCAAUGUUGGUUUCAGGAAGUAGAGAAAAAACAUGCAAUUACAGAAAGCUUUACAGCUUCAAAUCCGUAUAUGGAACCAAGUUCCAUAUACCAAGGAGGAACCAAGUUGUCCAUAGUAUAUACAGUCUAUGAUCAUGACAGGACUCAUAGGAGUUUACCUCCCAAUUACUAAAUUGUUUGAUUUCAACAUUUGGAUUGACUUGCAAUAUCAUGUAAUACAGCCUCUAUGUCCAUUUGCUACAGAAUCCCAACAUCCAGAUUUCCAGUAGAUGCUAAUUACAGGUUUUCAAAUACCAAUUCCUGAUAAUGAGAAAGCAAGUCAGCUGAUGGCCAGUAUACACUGCCUGGCCAAAAUAAAAGUCACCACCCGGAUUUAACAAAGGAAAUAGUUACAAGCCUCCUAUUGGAUAAUUACUGCAUAGGUGAUUAUCUUUCAGCUAGCAACAAGCAUUUAACCCUAGCUGAUGCAAUGAGUUACUUCUAAUUUCUUAAACAGCCACGUCAAAAGACACAUCCUGUGUAGUGGAAAAAAUAUUAGCCUGUCUGAGAGUAGAAAGUAUUUCAAAUGUGAAAUAAUUUGAAAAUUUGCUAAUCUUUGAGAUAAAAAAUAGUGUUACAAUUUCAGGACAAACUGCAAACCAACAACAAAAAUUAAUCUAAAAUGUAAUUCCUUUCCUGCAUCUACAUCUCCCACAGGUGCAGCUAGACCUGAAAAGCUUUCACUGUCAUAAAUGUCAGCAAUCAACAUUUUGUCUUGUGGUGCCAUCUAGUGGUGUAUUCUUUUAAUGCAGGGCAUUAGCUCCACAAACAAGACACUGGUUUGCCCCAAGUGUAAGCAAACAGGUAUUUUGCCCCCCAUAUAAUUUGAAAGUCCCUGUUUCACAGACUAUUUUUUGUAUUGCCAUUUAUUUUGAAGGUUAACUAAAAUGAAACCCCAAAAUAAAUGGGCUUUGAGUUUGACAUACCUGUUGUACAUUAUUUCAUAGUACCAUUUAUUGACCCAAUUUAUUAUUAUUAUUAUUAUUAUUAUUAUUAUUAGUAGUAGUAGUAGUAAUAACUAUUGUUAUUUUGGGUGUUUUUUGCCUUAAUUGGAUAGGGCAGAGAGGAAACAUUGGAGAUAGAGAUAGGGGAUGACAUGUAGCACGUGGUAGGGGCCAGACUCGAAGAAAGGGAAACACACUGUCCAACUUGCAGAGAAAGACACAAUUUAAUGCAUCAUGUUGGUACUAGACCUUCAUCAGGCAAACUAUUUGUUCAGGAGAGCAAGACAAGUAAAAUAGGAGGUGGCCUCACACCUGCAGGCACCUUCUCAUCAUGGGCCAGACUCGAACCCGCCACCACUGUUGGGACCAUGGUCCACAUACAUGGAGUGCACUAACCCCCUAGGCUAUCUUUGUCUAUUUCUAUUUUUACGUUUUUUUUUUUUGUUUAAUGGUUAAUUGGUUCAUAAAAGAAAGCAAUAAUUGCCAUGAAGUUUACAUGGCCCGUUAAAAACACAACUUUGUGUGUACUGUGUAGGUAAUGAUUUAUUGAAUUAGUAUGAUGUCAUAUGAACUUGGAUAUUAUAUGCCUCCUUCUGCAGAUCAUUGGGGUGACAAGAACAUGCACCUAUGUCCAGGAACAAUCAGUGGUGGACCCCAAAGAAAAGACCUUUGAGCUGAAAUCUACAAAUGUGAGUUGGGUUGUUAUGGUGGUGAAUUUGACACUUGUAGGAAAAAGCUUUUGUUUCUUUAGCAUGUUAUUUUAUCUGAAGCACAGUGGCCAGUAUUCAGUCAUUGCAAACCAUGUAAAUAUGGUCUAUUCCUUUUUGUCUUCAUAUCAGGUUUCCUUCACUAACCUGGUAUCUGUGGAUGAGAAGUUGACAUACAAGCCACAUCCCCAGGAUCCUGAAAAGUAAAUGACUUUAAUUUUUUUUCUUUUGACAAGUUUAACAUUUAGCCAGUAAGUUAUUAAUAAGUUGUUGUUAAUUUAAAUACAAUAUUAAAAAAUGGAUACAAAAGUAAAUUUCAAACACUGGAGAAUGAUGAUGAUGGUAUGUUUGUAAUUUUUAAUGUGUACUAUUUAUGAGUACUAUUUGCACACUACUCCACACUGCCAUUUGAAAUGUUGCCUAUGAUGUGCCUUGGUGCUCUUCGACUUUUUACUUGUGUUGCACUAUAAUUUUUUGCACAAAUGUUUCCUUCUCUUUGAUAUUUUUACAUUUGAUUUAUACUUUUAUACUAUUUAUUGUAUACUGAAUAUUUACCAUUGCACUACGAGCCCUUGAGUGACACAAUUUCAGUCCUCUGUAUGUGUUUCACAUACUGCAGAAUUGACAAUAAAGCUACCUUUCACUUAUUUGUAUUAUUGUGUAUCCAGGACGGUGCUGACUCAAGAGGCUUUGAUCAGUGUUAAAGGUAUCAGUCUAAGCAGCUACCUCGAGAGUCUAAUGGCUAAGACUAUCUCAGUCAAUGCAGGCAAGGUAAAUCGUCUCAGAAAACUUCUGUUAAUGAUUGCCCAACACUUUUGAGUGACAGCACAUAACCUGCCACUGCACAUUGUGUGUAUUAAUACCAUUCUGUAUCUCAGGGUCGGGAGGCAAUGGAAUGGGUCAUCAGACGAUUAAAUACAGAAAUUGAGGAGUUUGCAGCAACAGCUUGUGGCAGUCUACGUGUUCCCAUGGCAGCAGCUGUUGCAGACAAAUGAUCCCAGCCUUUCCAGCUGCUUUCCCCUCCAUCAUUAACAUACAGACCUCUCAAACAUUUCCUAUCACCUCAUCUGCCAGCAUUGUCUUCUCCACAACACCAACCUUGUUCUUCUUCUUCUUGCUUCUGCACAGCAAGGUUGAUUCUUGCCAGGGGAGGCAGUGACGGGGAGUACUGAGCAGAUGAUAGUCAAAUAUAUACAGGGUUAAACCAGUCUGCACUUGAAGCUGAUAGGACUCUGUAUUGGGACGUAACAGCUCUGAAAAAAUCACACUGUGCCUCAACUUAUCUGGUGAAUUUUGUCUUUUUUUGUGUCUCUCUUCCACAUCCAUUUUAUUUUAUUUUUUCAUGUUCUUAAACUGUUUCCGUAGCUUUUUUUUUUCUUUUACAAGUUCUCACAGACCCUGAAAUGAAGUAUUCAGGAUGGCUGACCUCACUCCAUUUAGAAAAUCAGAUCAAAAUAUUUUAAGACCAAAAAAAAAAACAAAAAAAACAUUACUUUGAACAGGCUUUAACAAAGUUCAAGAUUAACAACAGAUUUGAUGCUGCAACAGCUGACUGGUCUUGCCUUCGGUGCUAAUGGCUUGCCCCCCUUUACUUGGUAUUUUCUGUCAGGUUAACGCAUUACAUCUUAUAGUAAGGUGUUACAGUCUAAGAUAGUUCUUACUUGAAUGUCUAACUUAUUUAAUGUACAUUAACUUAAAUACAAUUACUGCUGGGGGUGGGGCAUGGGGUGGGGGGGUAUACCAACACUCAAAAUUUGUAUUAGCACCUGUCAUAAGCAAUGACAACAGGAUUUAAUGCAGUGUUUCAUGUGUUGUGAGCAUUCACAUACAUGUUCAAAGAGGAGCUCUACAGGGUCCUAUUUAGGAUCUCUGGAUGCACAGACAUUAAAUGUGCAGGUCUGAGUUUUUUUUAAAUGCUGGUUAUGAUUUAUGAUUGGCUGACAGUUACUCAGUUUGUGAUACAAUAUCCAGCUCCGAAUCAUUCAGUUUGAAUUACAGAUGUGAUGUUUUUCAGUUGGGAACAUUUUAUGAGCAGUGGCUGUAAAUACUUACAUUUUUAUUUUUGAGAUGUUACAUUCCAAGAAUGUGAACUUGUGAAAGACUCUAAAAAGUGCACACUGAAAUAUUUCAAAAUAAAGAAAUGUCAUUGUUUCACAAAUUUUGUGAUUAUUUUGAUUAUUUUGUUUUGUCUUCUUCAUAAGCUCUUAAAAUGUAAUCUUCCAAACCCCCUAAUAAUGAAAUAAAAAGCUUAAGUUAGAAAGAAGAG